AUGGAUUUUUAUGUUAAUCAAAUUGUCCCCUCGUUAUGUGCCAUGGGUGACGAUAAAAAUUAUGGUUCGGUUGCAACGCGAGAUGUUACGUGUCUUCAAGCAAUAUCUCAGAGAAUUCACUAUGGGAAGUUUGUUGCCGAAGCAAAAUUCCGGGAUCCAAAAAAUAAAUCAACUUAUAAAGAAUAUAUAAAAUCUCGUGAUCGCAAAGCCAUUGAAGAGUUAUUAACAAACAAAGAUGUAGAAGCAAAGUUGCUAAAACGUCUUAAACGUAAAGCUCUCAUUUAUGGUCAAGAUAUAACUGAUGAUUUUAAAUUAGAUCCAGAACAUACUUCAAAACAUUUAAAAAUCGAUGUGGAUUUAGUGGUUCAAAUGUAUGAAAAAUUUGUAAUUCCUUUGACAAAGGAAGUUGAGGUUGAUUAUCUUUUAGAAAGACCCCUUGACGACUGA